AUGGCUACUGCAGAAUUUCUUAUUUCAGAUGGUGCGAAUAUCAAUGAAAAAGAUAAUAAUGGACAAACCGCAAUUCAUAUUGCAGCAGAAAAUAAUAGUAAAGAAACUGCAGAAUUUCUUAUUUCACAUGGUGCGAAUAUCAAUGAAAAAGAUAUUUUGGGAGAAACCACACUUCAUAUUGCAGCAAAACAUAAUAGUAAAGCAACUGCAGAAUUUCUUAUUUCACAUGGUGCUAAU